CAAAACCCUAGAUUUCCCUUCCUCAGUCCGAACCCGGCGAAAACCCACCGGAAAUGAACUGAGAAAACCGCCCCGAUCGGAGAAGACUGAAGCGGAGUUUUCUCCGGAAUUUGCUAUGGACGCUGCAGAAUCUCGCCGCUUGAUUGACUGGAUGGAGAAAGGUGUCUACGAUGCGUUGCAGAGGAAAUACUUGAAGACGAUCAUGUUCUGCAUCUGUGAGACAGCAAUAGAUGGUCCGAUGAUUAAAGAAUACGAAUUCUCUUUCAGAUACUCUGAUUCUGAUGUGCUGAUGAACAUCAAUCCUACUGGACAUAAGAAGCAUGGAGUAACUUUCAACUCAAUUGCUGCCAUUACCCCAAAUCAAAUGAGGAGAGUAGCUUGCAAAAUAGUUCGUAGACUUGUUCAGCUGAUGAGUACUCUUGACAAAAUGCCAGAUGAGCGUACCGUAGUGAUGAAGCUUAUGUACUACGAUGAUGUGACGCCACCAGAUUACGAGCCAACUUUCUCCGGCUGUACAGAAGAUGAAGCUCAGAAUGUAUUUAUGUGAGAGAGUUCAUCCAGAGAUGUAUGGAAUAAACCUCACUGAAGAUGCAGAUAAAGAUGACCACAUGACACAUAGUUGCUAUCCUCUUAACUUGGAGCAUGGAUUGGCAUAUGUGGAGAAAGCUGGCAUACCUGAAGAGACUGAGGUGGAGUUUAACUGCAAUCAUAAAAGGCCAACAGUUCGCAAUGAAAAGCUUCAUCAUAUCACGGACGUGUUUAGGUAUGAGACUUUAGAGCAAGCAUUGGUUCGUCUGAGACUCACCCUGUUGGUGCAUCACUGCCGCUAUACGAAGGAUGGGAAAAAAAAAGGAAUUUACCGUGGUCCAUUUAUGAAAGGUGCUGCAUACAUUGGUGAGCACGACGUCCUAAUGAUCGAGUUUAAAGAAAUCGAAGGGGAAAAGGUGGUCCGUUGCAAAGCUAGCAACGGUAAAAAGAUCGCCAAUGGAGGAUAUUUUCUAGUUUCUGCUGAAGUAAUGUUCAUAGUAGUGGGCGCCGCAGCAAAAGAAGUUAGCAAAACUAAAACUAACGUGUGCUCCAAAAAACCUCAACAUCUCCUCAGUGGAUUCUUCUCUAUAGGCAUGGGAAUAGGUAGUAAGGGACUACAAUUCAAAGAGAAGAAAAGACGGGCAAAGAGAAACCUCGAGAUGUUUAAGGUCCAUUAUGCCAACUAUACGGAAGAACAUGAAAUUGAAAGAGGGAGGAAGAAGGUGAAGAAGACAUCUGAAGCUUGCCUUGGAAAGGAUGUCACUGUUCCAGGUAGUGAAGAUGACACGAAGUUAGGAACAGUGAUAGGGAUAGAUCUUGGAACAACAUACUCUUGUGUUGGUUUUUACAAGAAUGGCCAUGUUGAAAUCAUCGCCAAUGACCAAGGAAACCGUAUUACACCUUCAUGGGUGGGUUCCACCGACUCCGAGAGGCUCAUUGGUGAGGCUGUUCAGGACCAGGCGGCUGUUAAUCCUGAGAGAAGCAUAUUCGACGUCAAGAGAUUGAUCGGGAGAAAAUUCGAGGACAAAGAAGUCCCAAAGGACGGGAAGCUUGUACCUUACCAGACUGUGAACAAGGAUGGUGAGGGCAAGGUUUUCUCUCCUGAGGAGAUGAGUGCGAUGAUUCUGACGAAGAUGAAGGAGACAGCCGAAGCUUACCUUGGAAAGAAAAUCAAGCACGCUGUUGUCACUGUUCCAGCUUACUUCAACGAUGCCCAGAGGCAAGCGACAAAGGAUGCUGGCGUUGUCGCUGGUCUUAAUGUUGUUAGAAUCAUCGACGAACCCAUUGCUGCUACUAUUGCCUACGGUCUUGAUAAGAAGGGUGUUGAGAAGAACAUCCUUGUAUUUGACCUUGGUGGUGGUACCUUUGAUGUCAGUGUCCUGACCAUCAAGAAUGGAGUGUUUGAGGUUGUCUCCACAAAUGGUGAUCCCCACUUGGGAGGUGAGGUCUUCAACCACAGGAUAAUGGAGUACUUUAUCAAAUUGAUCAAGAAGAAGCACCAAAAGGACAUCAGCAAGGACAACAAGGCUCUUGGUAAGCUCCGCGGGGAAUGUGAGAGGGCCAAGAGAGCUCUUAGUAGCCAGCAUCAAGUCCGUGUAGAGAUCGAGUCUCUCUUUGGUGGUGUUGAUUUCUCGGAGCCACUUACCAGAGCUCGUUUCGAGGAGCUGAACAGUGACUUGUUCAGGAAAACCAUGGGACCAGUGAAGAAGGCCAUGGAUGAUGCUGGUCCACUGAAGAGCCAAAUCGAUGAGAUUGUCCUUGUUGGUGGAAGCGCUAGGAUCCCAAAGGUUCAACAGCUGUUGAAGGACUUCUUUGAAGGGAAAGAGCCGAUCAAGGGUGUGAACCCCGACGAGGCUGUUGCUUAUGGUGCUGCUGUCCACGGUGGCAUUUUGAGCGGAGAAGGCGGUGGUGCACCAGGUUCAGGAGGAGGAGGAUGAGUCUGACGACGAGCUCUAAGAUGUAUUUAAUGAUGUUUGUCUUUCUCUUAUGGUGAAGUUUUUGGAGUAUAUAAGAAUGACAAGUCUUUCAAUGGGUCUUACGGAAAGGGGAGAGAGAUUAAGUGGUGUCCCUAGACUUUCGUUUUGUGUUCAUAUGAUACAUAUCUUAUUAUUUCCUUAUUCCCUAGACUUUCAUUUAUGAUACAUAUCUGAUUGUUUUCUUCUUCCAAACACCACACAAGUAAAGCCUAUGGCAACAAAAAUAGAUAUAGCACCAGACGCAAUCACAUGCACACUAUACAUAUAGCACCGGAGGCGAAACACAAAGAGACCAUCUUCAGCUCAUGAUCUUAAGCCUAAAAGUCAGAGAAACUACACUAAGACUGCAAAUGUACACACUCUGCUUGUCCCCGAAUUGGUCUGGAACUCUCUGAUCCUACGGUCCCACAGUUUGAUAGAGAGAGAGAAAGACGACAGGUGUGGUCACUUGAAUUCGGGAAGAAGGUGAGAGCAAAGUUGACGAGCAUGUUUGGCAAUCAGAUUAGAUCUGACUUUCUACAAAUAAGAGGUUAAGGUUUAAACUGACAACCAAACACCCUUUUUGGGCUCGUCUCUGAUAUUGGCAAGUUAUACAACUGGAGACGGUCUGUUUCACUUCCCUCUUGCGAUUUUCUUUAAACGGUCUGGAAAGUCUCCUGAUAUUCAUCCAAAUCGAAUUUCAGAACCCUAGAAAUCAUCUCGUUUUCCUUAGGAAAUUCGAUUCCUGCUAACAGCGAAAUCCUUGUCUUGCUGAUCAGGAUAGUGUGUUUCCUAUGAAUUCUUCGCUGCAGCACCACUAAAUUAGCCGCGAGAAUUCAAAGCCAUGUCCGGAUCACUGAUCCCUGGAUCGAAUCCGGAUCGGGUCUCAUCGCCGUCGAGCUCGAAGUCGGUGACGCAGACGGUGAACGGGUCGCAUCAAUUCGUGAUACAAGGGUACAGCUUAGCGAAAGGGAUGGGUGUGGGGAAGCACAUAGCGAGUGACAACUUCACGGUCGGAGGCUACCAGUGGGGGAUCUUCUUCUACCCGGACGGUAAGAAUCCGGAGGAUAGCUCUUCGUACGUCUCUGUCUUCAUCGCAUUGGCAAGCGAGGGCACCGAGGUCAGGGCUCUCUUCGAGCUCGCCCUUGUUGACCAGAGCGGGAAGGGUCAGCACAAGGUUCAUAGCCAUUUCGAGCGCUCACUUGACAGUGGGCCUUACACCCUCAAAUACCGAGGAAGCAUGUGGGGAUACAAGCGUUUCUUCAGACGUAGCUUGCUUGAGACAUCUGACUUCCUCAAAGACGAUUGCUUGAAAAUCAACUGUACGGUUGGAGUUGUGGUUUCAGAAAUACAGUGCCCACGGUUACACUCUGUUCACGUCCCUGAUUCAGAGCUUGGAUCACAUUUUGGAGUUUUACUGGAUAGCAUGGAAGGUUCUGAUGUCACCUUUGACAUUGCUGGCGAGAAGUUUCCAGCUCAUAAACUAGUACUGGCUGCUCGAUCUCCAUUUUUUAAGUCUAAAUUUUUCAAUGAGGUUGAUGCAAGCAAUACAGAGGUCACAAUCAACGAUGUGGAACCUAAGGUUUUUAAGGCUUUGCUACAAUUCAUGUAUAAAGAUUCACUUCCGCGAGAUGUGGAGCCUCUGACAACUCGUUCAUUUGACAUCUUAAAGCUGCCUGAAAUAUACGAGACGUUGAUUGUAAAGCUUUUAGCAGCAGCGGACAAGUACGAGCUGAAAAGGCUGAGAUUGCUGUGUGAAUCUCACAUCUGCAAAGGCAUAUCAGUCAAAUCCGUUGCCAAGAUCUUAGCGUUGGCCGACAGAUACAAUGCUAGGGAACUAAAAAAUGUGUGCCUAAAAUUUGCUGCCGAGAACCUAGCAGCCGUCCUUGAGACAGACGCUUAUCAGCAGCUGAAGGAGGAAUGUCUGUCCCUCCAGUCGGAGCUUCUGAAGGCGGUGGCUGGUUACGAGGAAGGCAGCAACAGUACCGGAGGAGCCAAGUCUCAGAGCGUGUGGGCCCAACUAUCAGACGGCGGUGGUGGUGCCGAUGCCAGCAGCCGACAUGUAAGACAACGAACCACCUAGAGCGGCCGACAUAUGUAUUUUCUCAGGUUAAUAACCAUAGAGGGGGUAUAUAGUUUGCUUUUUCUGUAUUAUUUUUUUACCGAUUUUCACAAUGUUUUUGUGGACUACUUUGAAGUAUAUGAUCCUAACUCUUUAUGAUAUGUAGGUAAAAAAAAAGGUUUCUUACAUUUCACGUCAGUAAUAGUUUCAUCAUAUCUUUAUGAUCCUGUUCGUUUAUCUCAUAUAUAUAACAGUUUCACAUCCCAUAAAUUCCAGACAUGAAGAAGUGUUUUUUUGUUAUGUACUCGAAACAUUCUUGAUAUUUACGGACCCAGAAGCUUAUAUAUGUGCUUGUAAAAUUAAGCUUUGAGUUCUAUAUUGCUUAUCACAUUU